UUAACCUCCUACCCUGGGCUCCACAACGCCACCCCCUCCCUCCAUAGACUGGGACGGCGCCUCCAUUUUUGUUUGGGGGGCGGAAGAGCAGGGGCUCCUGGAUAAAAGGGGUCAAAGGAAACGGUGUAUAUCACCUGCGAGAGGGAAGGGGUGCUGUCCUCUACCUCCCCAUCCCCUCAGCCUGCAGCACCCCCAACCUUCUUGGGGUCUCCCCCCCUUGUUGCUAAGGCCCAGACCGUCAUCCCAGCAACAGCCUCAGUCAUGUGACCGGCAAUGGCGGCGCUGACGGGAGCUGCCUUUGGAGGUGUUGUAGAGACAGCUCUGUAGCUGAACCGGCAAGAUUCCAGGGAAACAUCUGCUUCCCAGGCCCGGGCCCUGCCCCAGCUUAAGAGCCCCACCCCUCCCUAAAUGCUGGCUGGGUUGCUGAUGGCUUGCACUUGAGUGCUGGAUUUAAAGCCCUGCUCAGCUGAGAGUGGAAAUAGAAGGAUUUUCCGCUGUUGUUAUCGUCCAUGGGCUUUCCAGGUCACACAACCUCCAAGUAGGGAGCAGGGACAGAGAGAGAGAGCCUGCAUGCCCAUUCUAAGCUCUUCAGGAUCAAAUGUCGUUCGUCCUGUCCAGAAUGGCAGCCUGUGGAGGCACCUGCAAGAACAAAGUGACAGUUUCCAAGCCCGUGUGGGACUUCCUGAGCAAGGAGACCCCAGCCCGCCUGGCCAGGCUUCGGGAGGAGCAUCGUGUGUCAAUCCUCAUAGAUGGCGAGACUUCUGACAUCUAUGUCCUCCAGCUUUCCCCCCAGGGCCCUCCCCCAGCCCCACCCAAUGGGCUCUACCUGGCCCGGAAAGCUCUCAAGGGGCUGCUAAAAGAGGCAGAGAAAGAGCUGAAGAAAGCUCAGAGGCAGGGGGAGCUGAUGGGCUGCCUGGCUUUGGGGGGUGGGGGGGAGCACCCUGAGCUGCACCGCCCAGGCCCACCCUCUCUCAGAGCAGCUCCAUUCUUGCCGCCAGGGGCCCGGGGCCUCCCCCCACCUCCUCCCCCACUGCCCCCUCCUCUUCCUCCCCGCCUGAGGGAGGAGGCAGAAGAGCAGGAGAGCACCUGCCCCAUCUGUCUGGGGGAGAUCCAGAAUGCCAAGACAUUGGAGAAGUGCCGGCACUCAUUCUGUGAGGGCUGCAUCACCAGGGCCCUGCAGGUGAAGAAGGCCUGCCCCAUGUGUGGCCGCUUCUAUGGGCAGCUGGUGGGCAACCAGCCCCAAAAUGGGCGCAUGCUGGUCUCCAAGGACGCCACACUCCUGCUGCCCAGCUACGAGAAGUAUGGCACCAUCGUCAUCCAGUAUGUCUUCCCACCCGGUGUCCAGGGGGCUGAACACCCAAACCCAGGAGUCCGGUAUCCCGGCACCACACGGGUAGCCUACCUCCCAGACUGCCCCGAGGGCAACAAGGUGCUGACCCUGUUCCGAAAGGCAUUCGACCAGCGUCUCACCUUCACUAUUGGCACGUCCAUGACCACGGGGAGACCGAACGUCAUCACCUGGAACGACAUCCACCACAAGACCAGCUGCACAGGGGGACCCCAGCUGUGCGACACCCCUUCAUUUACCUUCCCUUGGCUCCUACCCUUCUUUCCAUUCCCACUGAUGGAGCUACAUCAACCCCCUUCUCUGGAAGCCUCCUAACUGGAGAGGACCACCCCCAACUAUCCAACCAUGUCCUCCAUCCCUGUUCUCCUCCAUCCAACCCGAUCCUGCUUAGCCUACAAAAAUAAGCAGAACUGGGCAGUUCUCUCAGGCUUGGUUAAUCCUAAGGGAGGUGGAGAGGGGUUGGGAUGGGGUACCCAGAACCAGCAUGAGCAGGAAGGCAUGCAAGUAAGCCAGAACAGCUAACUGUGACCCUCGUUUCUCCUUCCUACCAGGUUUGGGUACCCAGACCCCACCUACCUGACCCGGGUGCAAGAGGAGCUGAGAGCCAAGGGUAUCACAGAUGACUGAAGGACAUCCCCUUUGCCAAGGCCCCUGCCGGUUCUCCUCCACUAGGACCCAAUGGAAACCUCUGUUCUCCCUGCUCCCCCUGCCCCUCACACCACUCUAGUAGGGGACCUGUCUGACUGGAGAGGGAGUCCAGAGGGAGAGAGGACAGUCCCACCCCUGGUCUCCCACAGGCCAAGUGCUUCAGUGCUGUGUGAGCCACUCCCUUUUGGCAGAGGCUAAUCUCCCCUGUACAUACUCCUAGUCUCCCUGCCCGCCCCCCCCUCCACCGCCCCGGGCUUUUUCUUGUCUGUGCUGUGCUCCAGUGACUAAGCUGAGAAAGGACCUGGGUGGGUUGGGAGGAUCUCAGACAGCACCCGCCCCCCCCCCACGGCUCUGUUGAACGGUGUGCAGAGGAAUGGGCUGUGAGCCCCCAUGGAGCCAGCCAUGUGUUCUUCUGAGACUGUGCUCCUUCUACCUUAACCUUGUCUUUUCUCUCCUGUGUCUCUGUCUCUGUCGGGUCUCUCUCUGUCUUCUCUCUGGCUCUUCUCUGCCCCCCCCCCUUCCUUCUUUAAGGAGCCUUCUUCCUUACCCUGUUCUGGAAUCGCCGCCAGACUGUAGCUUUUAAUUUAAUAAAAAUAAAGUAAAAUAUGCAACUCCA